AUGAUAUUCACCCCCUUGACAAGUUCGGUCCAAUUUGCUACAUUUUUAGUUGCCAUUUGUGGUAUCCCAUGGGCAGUCACCUGCUGGGCGCCAUUUACAUUCAUGGGUGAGGAAAUCAAUCGUCUCGGAGUGCCAGUUACCUCGAGAGAUCCAACUGUUACCAUGAUAACAUCUGCAACUUACUUUCGCCGACAGAACUCUCACAACCACGUUCGCUCCGCCUCAGAUGUGGAGCUGGACGACGGGGUGCUGCGGUUGAACCACGGCUAUGAUUCUAGUGAUAGCGGCGACGAAAGCGAUGAUGACGGAACUAGCAUAUCAACCGGGGAACUGGCUGGAAUUUACCUCGGGGUGCUGAAUGUGUACACAACUCUUCCCCAGUUUCUGGGUACGUUUAUUAGCUGGGUUGUGUUCAGCAUCCUAGAGCCAAAUACAGCAGCUCUGGCUCGGACACAACCUCUUCCAGGGAAUGACAGGCCCGGGCCUGACUGGAUGGAUAUCAAUCCUGGUGGCCCCAAUGUGAUUGGACUACGUUUAUUCAUCGGGGCCUUGAGUGCAUUAAUUGCAGCAGAAGCGACAAGGAGAUUGAGACAUGUUCGGUAG